AUGCGCUGGAUCAUGGAUGCCCUGCAACACGCCCGGUACAAGCAGCCCUCCUGCGGCGUGUCUCUCAGCGGCUUCCUCAGCGAGGCUGGCGGUGCAAUGAAGGAGAAAACCCAAUCCACCUCAUCCCACCUCGACUACCUUCCGUCCCCAGCGCCCUCGCCAGAGACCAGCCGUAAGCUUAACUCCGACUUGCAUGGGCUGUCGGAUGAAGAGGGCUCCUCAGAGGUGUUCCUGGCCACCGACAGCGACUACGACUCCAGCAGGGCCCAGAGCCCAAAGGAGCUUGACCUGGUGUACUCCUCCACGGGGCCCGAGUGCUGCAGCCGGAGAGUCGCCCGCACCCUGCGGGACAGUGCCCCGGAUGUCCUGCAGACCCACGAGCUCAAGACCCCACCACUGCCGCCACCACCACCGGAGGAGCCCCGGCCACCCCCCGAGCUCUACGACAGCGACUUCGUCCUGCCCAGCCGACAGAUUGAGCUGCUGCGCAUCACGGAGAAGCGGGGAUCUGAGCCUGUCUUCCGAACACACUCAGCCGAGUGGACUCAGAGCUUCCAGGAGCAGCCGGACCAGCCUGGGAGCUUGGCCGACCGAGGGAAGAAGCCGGGCUCUGUCACCUUGCGGGUCUGCCCUCAGUACGAAACCGGACUCUCCAAAGAGACCAGUGUCAAGCUGCAUAUCACCAGCCAGACGUCUGCCGGGGAGGUGGUGAAGCUGGUGGUGCUGGAGAUGAACGAUGUCUCCCGUGGCAUGCUGGGCGGCUCGGCUGCCUUCUGCUAUGGUGAGGAGCAGCUGGAGCACUUCGGACUGGUGUUUGCCUCCGAAGAGAGCGAGCGGUGGCUUCCCGAUGACUUCUUGCCUCUGUCCCUCCAAACUACCUGGCCCGAGGGCCGGUUCUACAUCCGGAUCAAGGAGACAUCCCCUCUGGUGCUCCAGUACGGGCCAGCCACCACCGUAUGAGAGGAGGAGAGCCGGCAGGGCGGCGUGGGGACCUCAGCUUCCAGAGAGCAGACAGCUCGUCUCUGAUGCUUCCUUCUUCCACAGACACCCUCUCAUCAGGCGUCCGCGGGGUGGAAUGGGAUCAUACUGGGCUGUGUGUUAUUUGUUUGUGUUUUGUUUUUUUUUUUAACCAAAGAGACAUCGAGACUCAGUUUUUCUGACUGCAGAAGAGGAGGGUGCAGAGCAGAGACCUCAGAGCUCGGGAGGAAUCUCUGCAGGAAUGGAAUUUUUGAAAGUAAACAUUUUUAAGGGGAAAGGGGGGGGGAGAGAGAGGAAAACUAUUACAAAAAAAAGCAGCAAUACCUUUUUUAUUUUCCUUUUUUUCUGAAAAGCCUUGUUUGGGAUUCACUGAAGGCAAAGGCACAGAGGAUUGCUGGGGAGGGUUGUGGUGUCAAUGA